AUGGCCCCUUCAACCCCAUCGUCGCAUCGGCCGCGGCGCAAGAGACAGCUCCACACGACCACUUCCACCACCGCCGCGACCACCACUACGCCUCGCUUGAACAACAAUCUCAUUCUGCAUGUGGGAGCGGGAAAACAGGAGCCUGCCUUCCCACUGGUCUCGUUCCUCUGGGCGGCCCGAGCGGGCGUUUCGCAAUGGCUGAUCCUGCCUCUCACGCUCAUGGCCGUCGGUCUCUUCCGGUGGGCAGUUGGGCUCUGGGGCUACUCGGGAUUCCAGGUUCCACCGAUGCAUGGAGACUUUGAAGCGCAGCGACACUGGAUGGAGCUCACCAUCCACCUGCCCACCUUCAAGUGGUAUCUCUAUGACCUGCAGUACUGGGGACUCGACUACCCUCCCUUGACUGCGUAUCACAGCUGGCUAGUGGGCAAGAUUGGCUCUGUCGUUGAUCCCGCCUGGUUUGCCCUGGAUGCUUCCCGUGGCUUUGAACAUCCUAACCUGAAAAUCUUCAUGCGCGCCACCGUCGUGAUCUCCGAGUACCUGGUCUACAUCCCCGCGGUCGUCAAUUUCCUCCGCCGAUACACUCGCAUGCAGGGCGUCCAUGCAUGGUCCGCAUCGAUUGCAUUGGUUGCCAUUCUCCUCCAGCCUGCGACUAUCCUCAUAGAUCAUGGUCAUUUUCAGUACAACACAGUGAUGCUGGGCCUGGUGGUUGCCAGCUUGGAUGCGAUUCUGGCCGGUCGCAUGCUCUGGGCCUGCAUCUUUUUCGUGGGUGCAUUGGGAUUCAAGCAGAUGGCACUCUACUAUGCUCCGGUUAUGUUCGCUUAUCUCCUGGGCGUCUGUGUGUUCCCCCGGAUUCGGGUGCUCCGGCUCGUUGGCAUCGCUCUGAUCACGAUCGCCGCUUUUACCCUCCUUUUUGCCCCUCUCCUGGUCGGCGCAACGAGUGCUGAGGCUCGGAAAGCGUUUUCUGUGGCUCAGCCCCCGCCCUUGCUCCAGUCACUGCCAAUUGCGGUGGACAAGAACUCCGUAGUGUACGCGAUUCUCUUUCAGCUGACACAAACCAUCCACCGAGUGUUUCCCUUCGCCCGGGGUCUGUUCGAGGACAAAGUUGCCAACGCAUGGUGCGCCAUCCAUACUUUCUACAAGCUGAAUCGCUUCGAUACCGGAUUGCUUCAGAAAGCUUCGCUGGGGGCUACGGUGGUUUCGAUUUUCCUCCCCUGCGUCAUCAUAUUCCGGCACCCGCGUGCGUCUCUGCUCCUUCCUGCUCUGGCCUGUGUCUCUUGGGGAUUCUUUCUGUUUUCUUUCCAGGUACACGAGAAGAGUGUCUUGCUGCCCCUCCUUCCCAUGACCCUUCUUCUGGCCGGGGAUGGUGGUCUGAGUAAGGAGAUCCGCGCAUGGGUGGGCUGGGCCAACGUCCUGGGCUCAUGGACCAUGUACCCGCUGCUGAAGCGCGAGGACCUCCGCGUGCCGUACAUUGUUAUAACUCUUCUGUGGGCCUAUCUCAUCGGUCUUCCUGUUUUCUCCUGGGAGACGUACCGCAGUCGAGGCUCACCGGAAAUCUGGACUCUCACCAAACUCGUGCAUUUCAGUUUCUAUCUUGCGAUGAUUGCCUGGCACGUCCUUGAAGCGUGGGUGCCUCCGCCAGCGAGCAAGCCGGAUCUGUGGGUCGUCUUGAACGCCCUCAUCGGCGCCGCUGGCUUCGGAAUCGCCUACCUAUGGUGUCUGUGGAAGUUGAUCUGCCACAGCUGGCCCAGCAGCCGCAACCCAGCCAAGGAGAUCACUCCGAAGAAGCAGUCGUGA